AUGGAGCUGAGCUACAGGCUCUUUUUCUGCUUCUUGCUCUGGGGUGGCAUGGAGCUGUGCUGUCCUCAGCCCCUGUGGCCCCUGCAGGGUGGAGCCAACCGCCCCGCGUCAUCUGUGCCGCCCGUGCUGGUCGAGUGUCUGGAGGCCUCGCUGGUGGUCACUGUCCGCAAAGACCUUUUUGGCACCGGGAAACUCGUCAGGCCUGCAGACCUCACCCUGGGCCCUGAAGGCUGUGAGCCUCUGGUCUCCACGGACACGAAUGAUGUGGUCAGGUUUGAGGUCGGGCUGCAUGAGUGUGGCAACAGCGUGCAGGUGACUGAUGACUCCUUGGUAUAUAGCACCUUCCUGCUCCAUGUCCCCCGCCCCAUGGGAAACUUGUCCAUCGUGAGGACUAACCGUGCUGAGGUCACCAUCCAGUGCCGUUACCCCAGGCAGGGCAAUGUGAGCAGCCAGGCGAUCCUGCCCACCUGGGUACCCUUCAGGACCACCAUGUUCUCAGAAGAGAAGCUGGCUUUCUCUCUGCACCUGAUGGAGGAGAACUGGAGCACUGAGAAGAGGUUGCCCACCUUCCACCUGGGAGAUGCAGCCCACCUCCAGGCGGAAGUCCACACUGGCAGCCAUGUGCCACUGCGACUGUUUGUGGACCACUGUGUGGCCACGCUGACACCAGACAAGAGCACCUCCCCUUAUCAUACCAUUGUGGACUCCCAUGGUUGUCUUGUCGAUGGUCUCUCUAAUGCUUCCUCUGCAUUCAAGACCCCCAGACCCGGGCCAGAUACUCUCCAGUUCACAGUGGAUGUGUUCCACUUUGCUAAUGACUCCAGAAACAUGAUAUAUAUCACCUGCCAUCUGAAGGUCACUCUGGCUGACCAGGACCCAGACCAACUCAACAAAGCCUGCUCCUUCAGCGAGUAUUCUAAGAGCUGGUUCCCGGUGGAAGGCCCUGCUGACAUCUGUGAGUGCUGUAACAAAGGUGACUGUGGCCUUCCAGGCCACUCCAGGAGGCAACCCGGUGUCAUGAGCCAAUGGCCCAGGUCUACUUCCCGCAACCGCAGGCAUGUGACAGAAGAAGCAGACGUCACCGUGGGACCGCUGAUCUUCCUGGAAAGGGCUGGUGACCGCGAUGUGGAAGUAGAAGGCUGUACCUCUCCUGCUCAUACCUCUGUGGUGUUGGGCAUAGGCCUGGCAGUGCUGGUGUCCUUGACCCUGGCUGCUGUUGGCCUGGGUCUCGCCAGGUGGUGUCGUGCUGCUUCCCACCCUGUGUCUAUCUCCCAAUAA